AUGGCGGCUACCAUCGACCUUGCGGACGAGCUCGGCGCCGCCGCCGCCGCGUCCAGCAGCAGCAUUCCCUCGUCAUCGUCGUCGUCAACGACCGCAGCACCCGCCUCCUCCCCACAACAACGCAAGAAGACGACCCCGCCACCACCGCUGCUAGCGACGAGCGCCGCGCGCCCGCCGCCAGCAACAACAUCCUCGGCCUCCCCGCUCUCGCCCGUGUCCCCGCGUAACCUUCCGCGCCGAUCACCCGCGUCCCCACCGCCCGCGUCGUCGUCGGGACAGGGCACGCCGACGUCGCCGCGCAAGUCGAGCAGCGCGAGCCUGGGCGGCCAGUCGUCGCCGCCGCUCACGCGCAGGCCGUUAUCCGCGCUCGCGUUCGCCGCGUCCUCGGCGCUCGGCUCGCUCCCCAAGCCGCGGUCAAACUCCUCCUUGAACUCGUCGCGGCCGGCCCCGCCCUCCCCUGCAAACUCGCGCCCCGCAAGCCAGAUCAUCCUCGCUGGCGCGGGCUCGCCGGGCGUCUCGCCGCACCUCUCCCCGCGCAUGUCGCCCGGCAUGUCGCCCGGCGCCGUGAGCCCCGGCGCCGUGGACUCGCCGGGCGGCACGUCGACAACGUCUGGGUUCAGAGACCGCGCCGGCUCGACGGCGUCGUCCACGUCCUGGCGCUCGCGCGCGCGCCCCAAGUCGACACUCGGCGCGACUAGCCUCGUGCCCUCGCAGGCUCUGUUCGAGGCCGACACCGGCACGAGCGAGUCGGGUGGCUCGUCGCGCGAGCCGUCGGUCGGCGCCAGCGGGUCGGAAACAAUGUCCCUCGCACCCCCGCAUGACAUCGACGACAACGCCGGCGGACACCGGAAUCGCCAGUUAUCGCCCAUGGUGGAGCAGAGCGAGUCGUCUGACCGCGCGAGCUGCCUCUCGGCGCAAUCCCCCACGAUCACGUCCCUCGCCGUCACGCUCGUCCGCCGCGUCGUGGUCCGCGACUAUGCCUUCCCCGCCGACGACGAGCGGUUCAAGGGGCUAGGUCCGCACCGGCCAUACUCCAACUGGGGAGAGGGCGAGCCCGAGCCCACGCCAGUGGCCGAGGAGCGCGACGACGCGCGCGGCGGCGCCGGCGGCGGGUGGCCGUCGCUUUCGCUCCCGUGGUCGUUCUUGGGCCGGCGCGCGGCCGAGGCCGAGCCGGCACUGCAGGCGCCAGACGACGACGACUACACGCUCCCCGAGCCGGACCACACAAACGACGAGUACUGGUCGGACGACGAGGACGGCGACGACGACAUGGAGGAGCCGGACGGGCUCUACCGCGCAGCGUACGCGUUUGAGCCUGAGGGCGUCAACGAGAUGGCGAUCGACGACGGCGACCUGCUCGAUGUGCGCGGCCGCGGCGGCGGCGGCGACGGCUGGGUCAUUGCCAUCCGGCUCGACACGUUGGAGGAGGGCCUCGUACCCGAGGGAUAUCUUGAGCCCGUCACGCGCGACGACUACCCCGAGGCAUGGGACCAGGUGCACGAGUCGCGUCUGGCGAUCAGCAGGUCGUCGCGGUCUCCGUCGGCGCCCGCCGAGGCGGCGGCGGCACAUGAGCAGCACGACGCAGCAGCAGGAGCGGCAGCAGCGGCACCAGAAGCAACAACAGCAUGA